AUGGCCGAAAACGAGGGAAUCCUUGAUGUCCGGGUUGAACUCAACACUUUGGACAUUCUCGAGGGGGCAAAUCCAUCUACUCCGAUCGCUUCUGCACUUUCGGGAAGCGAUGAGAUUCAACAGCGAGUCUCUUCGGGCAUCUGCCUCUCACCUUUCGGAUUCGCUUCGUUCCUCGGAAAUCGGAACCGUUGUCGCCACUUCCUUGUCGGCUUCAGUAUUCUACAUGAAAUUCUUCCUUUCGUCUCGACGACCGUUGUCAUCUCAUUCCAUCCACAAUUCGUCACCAAAGUCGAUCGCGCCUACCGAAUUCAAUGCUUCUACAUGGAAUCCGACAAAACAGUUUCUACACAGAUCGAGGUCUCCGAUCUUACAACAGCGUUCCAAACACAAGUUGUCCCAAUGCCGGUUUGCAAAUACGAGAUCCUUGAUGGCGGACCAUCCGGACAGCCCAUCCAGUUCGCUACCAUCGGACAACAGGUUUAUCACAAAUGGACGUGCGAUUCGGAAUCCACCGACACUUUCUGCGCUGUUGUUCACUCGUGCACUGUUGAUGAUGGUAACGGCGAUACUGUGCAGAUUCUCAACGAGGAAGGAUGUGCCCUCGAUAAGUUCUUGCUCAACAAUCUCGAGUAUCCGACAGAUUUGAUGGCAGGACAAGAGGCUCACGUUUACAAGCACGCCGACAAAUCCCAGUUGUUCUAUCAAUGCCAGAUCUCGAUCACCAUCAAAGAUCCGGGAAGUGAAUGCUUGCUGCAGCCGCUCCCACUGAAAGAGCAAACCUUGCUCAGUUGA